UGUGUACAUUUUGUGAAAGCGGUGUAUCAUGAAGCUGGUCUUGGUGGUGUUUUGCUCCCUGUUGUUCUAUACGCUGCUCUUUCAGCUUGUAACGAGUCAAAAGGAGCCGAAGCCAGCCGGAGAUAAGAAGCUAAAAGAGAAGGUGACGCUGAAGGUAAAGAAAGAGGCUGUGAAGAAGAACAAAAGCAUGUCAGUCAAGAUUAAAGCCACGCCCCCACCCAAGCCCCCGAGUUCCACAGCAGCUCCGCCGUACCUGAAUCGAGUAGUGGGGAAGGGGAAGUUUGAGAAGGUGGGGAAAACGCUGUCGAUCCCUGCAGGGGACACACUGGAGCUGAGGUGUAAAGGCAGUCGUGUGCAGUGGGACGUCCCGUCUUACCUGCAGGAGGACGAUGAAGGACGACUCAGGACGGUGCAGCACGAGCGAUACGGCGCACUAAUUUUAGCCAAUUCGUCAGGAGCUGAUACAGGAGUGUACACCUGCUACCCGCUGUACUGCGAGGACUCCGAAUGCAGGAAAGAGUACGAUAAAGCCCUCAAAGUCUUCAUCUUCUUCACCGACCCUCAGGAGCUCUUCGUGCCAUCAGCGGAUUAUUAUGAGGUCAUCCAUCUCAGAAGUAACUGGCCUACAGUGUUGCCGUGUCAGGUCACAAAUCCGCAGGCCAAAGUCUCCCUGCACCGUGAGUUCCCACCCAUGGAGGUGAAGGUGGACAGAUCCGAGAUCUCGUACGACGUGACGCGUGGUUUCACCAUCCACAGGCCCAAAGCACAUCACGCCGGCUCUCUGUACUGCGUGGCCAGCAUGGGGAACCUGAGGCAGAGCUCCAUCAAGUACAUGCUCAUCUACGUCCACUACCCGGCUGCUCCUCCUGUCCCCGUGAUCCAGGCCUCGGCUUCCUCAGUGGCUGUGGGUGUGAACCUGCAGCUCUCGUGCACGGUGGUGGGAGAACAGGACGUGGCGGUGGACUUCAUGUGGGAGUAUCCUGGACAAAAAAUCGGCCGGCCGCUCUACACACAGGAGACCGCGCAGCCGGUGCAGGUGGACGGACGCAGCCGGCAGCGCUUGCAGUCAGUCCUGCAGGUAGAUGAAGUGAGGGAGGUGGACGAGGGAACCUACACCUGCACUGCCCAGAACCUGCAGGGCUCACGCUCCGUCUCCACCAACGUCAACGUGCAGAAGAAACGCAACGCCACCAAACCACACACAACCUGAGUCACAACUCAUCAUUCAUCAUUCAUAGGACAGAAUCCAGAAUCCAUGCGAGUCUAAUGACCACCAGUUCUGCAAAACGACAUGCUCUGUAUCUCAGACUGAAUUUUUUUUAAAAGCAAAGCAAAAGGUACAAUAAAACAUGUUACAUCACCAAGGGCUGAUUUAUUGAUUUUGGGGGCCCUGGGCAAAAUAUAGAAAUGGGGCCCUGGUUUCAGUGUUUUAACAUCCAUAUUUAAAUUUUCACCAUACUUUAUUUAGCAUUAAUAAUUAAAAACAUAUGUAAUUUGCAUUUUUAGGGGGCCCUUGGCUUCUGGAGGCCAAGUCGGUUGCCUACCAUUGCCUAGUGCUAGCUCCGCCCCUGUACAUCACAUAACUGAAACCUGCAACUCAACCCAAAAUCAGCUUUUUUGAUGAAUAUAUUCGGUCACCCGCCAUUUCUGACCCGCCCAUUUGUCACAGGGUGUCGUGACACGCUCGGAGGAAAGCGUAAUCCGCCCUCUCCUACGUACGUGAACUCACAGACACUCAUGAUUGGUUAGUAUCACUUUGAUUGACAGGGGAGAGAGAGCAUGCCCCUCCCACCCUGACAGAACAGCCAGUUUUGCUCCUUUGGGAUUCGAACUCAUUAUCUUCCGAACUUUUUUCCGUGUUCCUCCACUCGUGUUUGAACAUUUUAAAAGCGUACAGAAUUGUAUAUAUUACAGAGUCAUCGAAAUGAACAUUCUAUUUAAAAAAGAAAUCUGGACACACUGGGCCAAAAUUAGUUUGAUUCAUUUUCUUUUUUUUUCAACCACAACUACAUUGUACGUUUCCGGUAGACGUGUUUCUGCGCAUUUAAGACAGAGAACGUUUAGUUAUCCAAGGCAGCUGUCAUGUGAAGGCAGGAAUCGGCGUUCAACUACGAUUCCCAGAUGACAGUGGUUCACAACACAGCGUUACGACACCCAUCCACCACAGACUCUCUCACGGUCACGUUCACCUGAUUACUGAUCACACACCUGGACUCAAUCACACACUCACUGUAUACAGGGAUUCUCACUAAGAUUAAGGCUCUGGGUGACUGAUCGGAAGGUCGGGGGUUCAAGCCCCAGCAUCACCAAACUCCCACUGUUGGGAUCUUGAGCUGUAUCAUGGCUGACCCUGCGCUCUAACCCCAACUUCCUAACACGCUGGGGUAUGCGAAGAAAAGAACUUCACUGAGUUCUUCUUCUUCUUCACUGUUACCUGGCCUAGUUCAUGUUGUUUGCUCAUCAAUUCACUCUUACCUGAAUCACGACAUUGCCUUGGAUUGAGUCUCUGUUUUGGCAUUUGGCAGACACUCUUAUCCAGAACGACUUACAUUUUAUCUUUGUAGCAGUUGAGGGUUAAGGGCCUUGCUCAAGGGCCCAGCAGUGGCAGGUUGGUAGUGCUGUGAUUUGAACUCGUGACCUUCCAAUCAGGAAGUUUUGUGUGCCACUCUUAAUAAAACAUUGUGUUCGUACUUGCAUCCUGACAGCAAUGAAUUCCAUACAUUUUUUGUGCUUUGGCACUGAUGAUUUAUUUUCUUUUUUCCUUUGUCUUUUUUUUUUUGCUUCUGUUGUUUUGUUAUAUUCUGGAUAUUAAGCUGGAGCUGUGUUUAAGUGGUGUAUCAGACCUGUACUGAUUCACGUUUCACUGAUCCAUGCGAUUACCAGCUGCAUUACUCGUGUUGAAUGAAUUUUAUAGGAAAAUGUAACAUCCUCUCUUCCCAGAUAGUUACAUGAUUUAAGGAAGCAUUUUAUAAAUGAAAAGUUCACUUUUUGUCUGCUCUUUGCUACCAUAUUAUAAUAUAAACCAGCAGUGCAUGACUUUUAUGUAAUAAAGGAUUCAUGAUAAGUAUGAAGAUCUGGUGUUGAUGUCCAGAUACUGGGCAUGAUAACUGUAUAAAAUCUGCACCACCAGCAGGGGGAGACACUGUACUGCUACCCUGAGCUCAGUUUCCAUUUCUGCAUCUAAAACUAAAUUCAAACUAAGACUAUUUAUACGUUUUGUCCUCAUUCUUUGAUUUCAGCUUCAUAAAGGGGUUCUAGCUGAAUCUUUUUCUGAAUAAGAAACCAAAGAAACCAUUUUAUGUAAUUGUGUACAUGUAUUUUUGUCUAAAUGUCUAAAGCAAACAUAUAUUACAAUUUUAUAAUCAAAAUGGCUAUUUUUUUUUUUUAUGGAAAGCCAUUCAUUAUUCUUUCUUUUUUUCCUCAGACAUUUAUGUGGCUCUUCUGUCCUAUCACAAAAGUAUGGCUGAUCAUCUUAUACCACAGUGCUGUUGAGUUCUUGAUUCUGAUUGGUCAGAAGGUGUUGAUUAGUUUUCUAUAACAGCAGCUCUGAGAGUAGUGCAGCUGCACAUCACAGAUCUAUCGUUUCUAUAGAAACAACUCAUAUACCCAGUUGUUCACUUGUUUGUUUUUGUUGUCUAGUGUCUAUAACGUUAGCGAUAACAGGAAUUAAGGUGUUUCACGGAUGUUCCACAACACUAAAUGUAAUUAACUAUAAAUAGAUUUUUUUUUAAAAAAAAGUAUGAUGUGUCAUCCUUUAAUAAAUUUAAAAUGUAAAUCAUUGCCAUAUUGCUGUGGUACAAGAUGAAAUAAAACAUGUGAUGAUAUUGGAAAAUAAUCAGGUUUGGGUUGGAAGGGAUGACUCUGUUUAACACAUCACCUCAUCGUUGGAGUGGUUUAUCUCUUUUAAGCACUCUGAGAAUACUUUUUAAAAACUUUAGCUGCUAUUUAUUGUAUAAAACGUUGUUUUAUUGUAAAUAAGGUUACAAAAAA